CCUCGAGUGGAUCGUCAGCCCCUUUCACCCCCCUCGCAAGCCGCUGACUGAGCUAUGUCGACCGAGAUGAAGGUCUCGCUCAGCAUCAAGGAGUACGUGCUGGUGUCCAUGACGGUGACACUCGUGCCCAUCCUGGGGCUGGAGCUCUACGGCGUCUCGCAUACUCGCAGCCACAACAAAGCCUUCCACGACGGUACGCCGGGCAUGCCGCAGCUUACGGACUUGGUGGUCGCAGGCGCCUCCGCCGUGCUGCUCAUUGGUGCGCGUUUUGUCGCUGGAAAAGCAUUUGCGCCCCUUGCUCGCGUCGUGCUCUCGCCUAAAAAGCGCGUGGUCGAAGACCGUGUACAUCGCUUCACCACUGUGUUGUUCAAGUUCAUGUACUUUUUUGCUAUCACCAUCGUUGGCUUUAAGGUGAUGGAGCACGAGCCGUGGCUCCCACCGUCACUAGGAGGCAAGGGCGAAGCGAUAAAGACAUUCCAUGUGCUGUCCGACGCGCCGUCUAGCGCACUCACGUAUUAUUUCAUGGUGCAGCUCGGAUAUCACCUGCACAGCUUGCUGUUCAUGGUCUUCUUCUCACCGAUUCGCAACGACUUUAUCGAGAUGCUGCUUCAUCACGUGGCCACGAUUCUUUUGAUUGGCGGGUCGCAUUUGGCUAACUUCACGGAAUUUGGUGCACUCGUGGUGUUCACACACGACGUGGGCGACGUAACUGGAUAUGGUAUCAAGUCGAUUGUGGACUCUGGUAACACGCCACUGGUAGUGUUCAUGUACCUGGUGCUGCUGGUGUCGUGGGCAUACACACGGCUGUUCGUAUUCCCGUGCCAUCUCAUCAAGACUACAUUUACCGUGCUAUCAGAAGAGCACUUGGGCAUCAACCACACAUUCGCGCACCCGAUGGUUGCAAUGCUGUGCAUGCUCAUGGUGCUUCACGUAUACUGGUAUUUCCUCUUCCUAGUGAUGGGGUAUGCACUGGUGAACAAGGGCGUGGCCGAAGACAUUCAGCAUAAGGUGGAGGACCCCAGCGAGGAAGAAAACCAAGCCGAAGAAGCCAGUGCUGAGGCAUCGCACGUCAAAUCCAAGGACGACUGA